CAGCCAGCUAGCCUAAGCUACUAUAUAUAUAGCCACUUGAAUUUUUUCAUAACCAUAAACCAUUCAUCAAAUAGUUGUUGAAACCAAAACACCACAACACAUUAAAUGAAAGCAUACAACAUUUUUCUCCUCAUAUUAGGCCUUGCUUCUUAUGUUACUUUCAUUUCCAUAAAACAACCUUAUGACUACUUUGGCAACAUUUACAACGUCCACAUUAUCAAUGGCUUUACCAACAAUUCUUCCCUGCCGUUAGUCGUCUGGUGCUCCUCCGGUGACACCGGUGACAUUGGCGGUCGCGCGCUCCAAGAGCGCGACGAUUUUAGUUGGAGUGUGAAAACCAAGUUUUGGAAGAAUAGUCAGUACGUAUGCACAAUGAAAUUGGACCAAAAAAGGAGAAGAUUUCAAGCUUUUUAUGGAAGUAGGGAUGUUCAAAGGUGCAGCCCUACAAAGCAGUGUUUUUGGUUGGUGAAAGAGGAUGGUUUCUAUUUUAGUAACGAUGAAAUAUAUUGGCAAAAAGAUUUUUCUUGGAUUUGAGCUGUAUUUUUCCAAGUGUUUUUUUUUACCAUCUUGUUGUCAAGAUGGUUAGAGAUUAUAUAUUUCUCGGAUAAUCCCUUUGAGAGUUUUUAGAAAUGAGAAUGUUGUCCUUAUAGUUCUCUUUCCUUAUUAGCUUUUAAGCCAAAUCUUUGAAGAGGAAACUUUGAGGAUUCA